AUGGUGCGCCAAAGAGGGAUGUCGAAUGCGUCUUCUGCAAUCUCAUCUUCCUCUUCCCCAGGCCAAAACCAGGAGUUGGAGAGCAUGUACGAUUAUCUGGCUAAGAUUAUCCUUCUUGGACCAAGCGGUGCUGGGAAAUCCUGUGUACUACACCGAUUCGUAAAGGAUGAAUGGAGAGUGCUAUCAUCGCAAACCAUCGGGGUCGAGUUCUCCUCGAGAAUCGUCAAACUAGGCACGGGCUCACAGCGAGUACGAAUUAAAUUUCAACUUUGGGAUACUGCAGGCACGGAGCGGUUUCGCUCCGUUUCUAGGUCCUACUACCGCGGAGCGGCGGGCGCCAUCCUCGUGUACGACGUCUCAUCCUACGCUUCCUUCAGUGCUCUCCCUACGUUUUUGAUGGACGCUCGCGCCCUUGCAUCGCCUAACCUUACCGUCUUGCUUGCAGGGAACAAGUCUGACCUCGCAUCGGAUUACUUCCUGCAGAGCCAGGGCCCGGAUGAUUUCACGGCGAAAUAUCCCCAAACACCAUCCAGUGUAUCCAGCAAGCAGUCUUCGUUCCCGCUUGACUCGGGCGGCGGCUCUUUCAGGUCUGCCAGUAACAUUGGAGCAACUGGGACGAGAAUGACUGCAACCAAUUCUCCCGAGGGCCGCCAAGUCAGCCUUGAGGAAAGUUCUCGUUGGGCAUCUCAGUCCAAUAUUCCAGUUGCUAUUGAGGUCUCUGCCCUCACAGGAGAGGGCGUCGAGCAACUAUUCAACCGGUUGGCCCGGAUAAUCCUCACCAAGAUUGAGCUGGGAGAGAUCGAUCCCGAUGAUCCGCAAAGUGGAAUCCAAUAUGGUGACGGUGGCCUGUACGGCCACGGCACUAGUGACGCUUCGAGUAUUCGGAGCAGGAUAACCCUUGAUGACAAUGCAGUCCAACUCCAUCGGAGAAAUCCCAAGCGAAAAGGAGGAGGAACAACCCACCUAAGAAGUGGGAUGUAUGAAUGGGAAGAUGUGCUUCGAUCAAGUGGCUCUCGCCAAGGUAAGAAUAGGGGAUGCUGCUGA